AUGGAAUGCCACGAUGAAAUAGUGAAGCUCUGCAAACUGCUGAAACAGGCAAAGCUUGAACGAAGCGGCACCGAGAAUAUGAAUCCUGUUAUAUCGGAUUAUUAUGCUUAUUUUGGAGAGUGCGAGGGUCGCAGUUCUUCUCAAUCUAUUUCGCUAAAAAGUGUAAACAUCAAAGGAGUAUGUUUUGAACAACAGACUUUAAUUCUUGACGACUUUUGA